AUGGAUGCUGUUGAUAGUUACAUCCCAAUCCCAACGAGACAGACCGAUUUGCCGUUCUUGUUAGCUGUUGAAGACGUCUUCUCUAUCACCGGACGUGGCACCGUAGCCACAGGGCGUGUGGAGAGAGGUACGGUUAAGGUAGGAGAGACUGUAGAUUUAGUGGGGUUGAGGGAGACUAGGAGCUACACAGUCACUGGUGUUGAGAUGUUUCAGAAGAUUCUUGAUGAGGCUUUAGCUGGAGACAAUGUAGGGUUGUUGCUUAGGGGUAUUCAAAAGGCUGAUAUUCAGAGAGGGAUGGUUUUGGCUAAGCCCGGUUCGAUUACGCCGCAUACGAAGUUCGAGGCGAUUGUGUAUGUGUUGAAGAAAGAAGAAGGUGGGAGGCAUUCUCCGUUCUUUGCAGGGUAUAGGCCUCAGUUCUACAUGAGGACGACUGAUGUUACCGGGAAAGUGACGAAGAUUAUGAACGAUAAGGAUGAGGAGUCGAAAAAUAGAAUGGUGGUACACAUCUAA